UUAUUCAUUAUUUUGUACUUGGCGGUGCCAUACGUUUUGGAGAAAUGGCCCAGUUUUUCACAUUCAUUCAUCUUCAAACCUAAAAACACCUCGGGCGACAAACAUGAGUACUAUACUUGUUUCGAACAGCAUCGGCUAUCACACAAGUCAACGAGAAAUUUUUAUGUGGAGACUGCAGACAGCGGUGACAAACUUGGAGUAUGGCAUAUACUGCCGUACGAGAGUGCGCGCGCCGCGGACGGCUAUGAGCCUUGUGAAGAUCUAUUCGAACAUGAACUUCACAAUAACACGCCUAUUUUUAUCUACUUUCACGGUAACACGAAAACGCGGUCAGUGUCUUGGCGUAUUGACAAGUACAAACUGCUUUCGUCUCUCGGUUACAAUGUGAUCACCUUCGACUAUCGGGGCUACGGGGAUUCUAGUGGCAAGAUGACUGGCGAGCUAGACUGUGUUCAAGAUUCUAUGGCCAUUUUGCAGUAUGUCUAUGACCAUUGCAAUUCAAGCCCUGUGUUCUUCUGGGGUCACUCACUUGGAACCGCAGUCGUUGGGUCACUAAUUCGACAUAUCACCGAUGCGUGGGAGAUGUCCUCUUCGAAUUGUCUUCCAUUCCCAAGCGGGAUUAUUCUGGACGCUCCAUUUACUGCACUUUCACAAGUCAUUAUUGGUCAGAAGUCGAUGUGGCCUUACAGAGUCGUGCCUCCUAUGCGAAAAAAGAUGGUUUCAAUAACCAGAAAUUUGCGGAUGGAAUUUAACACACAGGAAAAUUUAACUGGAUGUCCCGUCCCCCUUCUAAUUCUGCACGCCAAAGAUGAUCCUUUGGUGCCCUAUCAUCUAGGUGAAAAGUUGGCAAAGAGCUUGGAAUCUACCACUGACGUGACAUUCGUACCAUUUGCGGCUGAAAGAGGAUACCGUCACAAUUUUAUACAUACAGCUCCCGAAAUUCCUGACCUCAUCAGAAAUUUUGUCCGCAGUUCAUUAAAAAAACAACUGUUUGAGCACAUCUGAAGGACUACUGUACCCAUGCACCUCAGAGUUCUCACCUUCUCACCGACUCACCGGCUGUGUUCGACUAUGCAUACAUUAUAGCCUGCCAAGCAUUCCAUAGUUUUCGGGAAUGUCAUUGUUUUUCUACUACUAUGUUCACGUUUUCAAGCGCUACUGUGAUUGGACGAUUACUUCUGGCAAG